GUAACGAUGUUCUAUUUGCUUUCAUCCUUGAUGUGCAUGCUUUCUCUGCGUCCUCCUGUCUUCUCAUUUACUGCAACUGCAGGAUCGGGCAAAUAUAGGGAAUGCUCGCCUUGCUGGGCUGCAGAAAAGUCUUCAUCUGACAGACCGUCAGUACCACUGUCACAUUCAUGUAUGUCUCCUGAAUAGCUUCGGCCAAUUGGAUAUAACUCACAUUGAAGAAAGUCCCCAUAUCAUAGCAGCACUCCCAGCCAACCUUUACUUCGCAAAGUUGGCCCCAAAUUAUUCAUGCCGCUUCUUCUCGUUAUCUGGGGUGGGAUGGUGACUCUACAAGGCGUUGUCACGUCAUAUGUGGGUUUAGUGACUGUCAGAACUUUCCUGGGACUUUGUGAAGGACCUAUGUUUCCUGGCGUUGUUCUGUACCUGUCUGGCUUCUACACCCGGGAAGAACUUUCCCUUCGCGUGGCCCUGUUCUUCUCAUCCGCAUCCUUAUCUGGUGCGUUUUCAAGCUUGCCCGCUGCUGCCAUCCGAAACAUGCACGGUAUCGGCGGAAAACCUGGCUGGGCCUGGAUUUUCAUUCUCGAGGGCCUCUUCACUGUGUUGAUUGGCUUUAUUGCCUUCUUCUUCAUUCCAUCAACACUAGAAGACUCUAGGUUCUUGACUCAGAGACAGAAGGAUAUUCUAAUGGCCCGCCUUGCACGGGAUCGACCUGCAAACAAUCUUGACGGCAAGUUCAGCGUGAAAGAUAUCUUAUACUCGCUUCAGUCUCCGCACGUCAUCCUUUUGUUGGUCCAGCUUUUCUGCACCGGUACAAUGCUCCAUGGUCUCGCCCUCUUCUUGCCUUCUAUCGUCAAUGAACUCGGAUACAGCGCAACUCACACACAACUGAUCGGUGUUGGACCCUUUGCUGCAGGUUUCGUCGUGCAUACUUCUCUGGUCGAUAUCAUUCGCGUGCUAUACCCAUUGUGGUCAUCGCGCUGCUUGCUGUAAUUGGCUAUGCCACCUUCCUCGGUACUUCUGACCCCCAUGUUGCAUAUGUG